AUGAAAUGGGAGGACGCACUAUCUCGGAUACUGGAGCAAGAAGACAAGAGAAGAACAAAGCUAAGAGCCCAAAAGGCAAUGCUGGAUCAGGUGGCAUCCUGUGCCAUCUUCAAGUGCACGCACGAAAUGAAUGGGAAGAGGUUUUUAAUCUCUGUUUACACCCGGAACGCUCGUGGAUACGAGUUAGAAGGUCUUCGCAUCGUGGCGUAUGAUCCCAGAUCGUCCGCUGCAUUCACGAUGGUAAUGACACUGCGCGAGUUCAACUCGCUUGGUUAUGGUCAAACCAGUGAAGGAUUGGGGGCGUUUUGCAAGUGGCUCUGCCUGUUGUACGAGAAGCGGCGGCGACAGUUCCGACUCGUCUGGUCUGGAGCGCCCUGUCCUCCUCCACUUCGAGUGCGUGAACACGAUCAAUCUCUCAUUUGCGUUCACAAAGAAGGCGUUAAAAUUGCCGCGGACAGCUACGCACUAGUGGCGGUAUACUUGAGGACGGACAACCCGUCCGUUGUGCGAUUUGUAGUGGGCGCUUGGCAUGGACACGAGUUUCUGCUUACGGAACACGCUGUAAAGGCUCGUGACUUGAUUAUUAAUUCUGACUUGGACGCCCAUGGAAUAGGAAUUCGUGUUUAUUCGAGUGAAAUUGUGGUGAACCGAGUGCGGUAUUCCGUCCGCGUGCACGACACAAACGAGAACGAGUACACUGUGGAGCUCACUCCAAAGCCGAAAAAGCGCGAGACGCUAUCUUCGGGUACCCACCGAUUAAGUCUUCACAAGCGCAGGAUAAACCCGUACGAUGUUCAGCUUUCAUCGUCGAAUUUUGCAGAUUUGUUGUCUUUGACUCGCUUCGAGCAGAUUCCGUCUCGAAAGGCAAAGCUCAAUGAUGACGAUAGUGAUGGUCUUGAGUGGAAAGCUACUGUUUCCCCCAAAUGGGCUGGGAAGCUGGCCAACUACGUUCGAGUCUUCCGUCUCGCUAAGUACGCGUGUAAAGUCGGUGGUGUCUUCAGCUUCAUCAAGGUCUUUGUCGUCCAGCAGAAGGCCGAGUUUCGUGCUCAUUUGCUACUGGAAGUCACGUGGUUAAGCCCUACGAAUAUAUCGUCUCUGUGCUCAGUAGGUGGGGUGGAGGCGCCACAGUCAAUACGUAUCCCUGUAUCCGAGUACCUUCGCUGCGUUAAUGCGUCACGUCGUAGUGCGUUUGAAUACGCCACGAGCUGCUCCAAUUGUGCUAUGAUCCAGUAUCAGCGAUUGCAUGCGAUUAAAGAGCUCGUCAUUCGUGCGGGAAAUUCUGCAUCCGAGUCAGUGGAGUUCAUUUAUCAUGCCUAUUGUAACGUCUGUAAACGCUUGGCCCCACCGAUUGUGCUGGUGUUGGGAUCUGCAUCUACAGGAGCAACUCCGUGGUUAUUAUCACUCCUUGGACACUACUUUUCGUGCUUUGACUGCAUUCAUGAGGAGGGGCUUCACGUGCGGGAUACGCUUCUGCAAACGACUACACGGGACCAAGUCGUCGUGCUCUGUAACGCGGACUGCGGAGUUACAGUGGCAAGCGCCAACUUGUUCGUGAAUGAAUUGCACUGGUGGCUUUAUCCAGAUAACAGCGAACUCCCCUGUCACGUAGCGUACAUCGCGCUUCAUCAUGCGGCAUGUCAAGUGGCAGAGCUUGGCCCAGUGCAUCUGGAGGAUGCAGGAGAUGAAGCCACCGAUCGUGCGUCGGCUUUCGACGCUUAUCUGGUAGCAGAGGCGGUGUUGGUGGAGGCCACGCGGGUGCUGCUACAUCCAGACUACCCGUGGCCGAAGCCCCGUAAGAUCGUUGGCGCGUCCAGUUGGAGCGCGGCGUGCAGCUUCCUACUCGAUCCGGUUCAACUGAGUGCGAACCUGCAGCAGUGCGAUGUCCUACAACUGAGUACAACGACGGCGGAGGUGCUGGCGGCGUAUUUCACACACGCGAAGUGGCCCCACGACUACCCGAACGUCCGACCUUUCUUCUACGGGCUCUUGGCGUUCAUGCUGCACGUGCAACACCAAGAAGUACUAGCGGAGAACACCAGCGUCUUGGACAUCUCACACCAAAGCCACGACACAGAAGUAUUGGAGACACUGACGUUGUGA